AUGUCGAUUGGUAAAAUCAAAGAGUUCGACAUGCGGUCGGGGUUAUGGACGUCUUAUAUGGACAGACUUGAGAUGUACUUCAAGGUGAACAAGGUCUCGGACGAAAUGAAGUUACCGACGAUGAUUGCUAGUAUGGGGGAUGAAGCUUACGAGUUGCUGGUUAAUCUCGCUAGUCCAAACAAGCCUUCGGAAUUAUCUUUCGUACAAGCUGGUGAUUUGAUGCAACAACACUUACAACCGCCGCCAUCUUCGUUAGCGGAAAGAUACCGAUUUCGACAGAAACGGCAAGGUGCUACGGAGGAUGUGGCCACAUACGUAGCGGAACUGAAGAAAUUGUCGCGGAAUUGUAAGUUCAACACCAAUUUGAACGAAAACUUACGCGACCAAUUUAUCUGCGGGCUGCGCAGUGACGUCAUUCGGCAGCGGUUAUUCGCUGAAAAUGACACCAUAAAUUUUGCGGAGGCGGUCAAGUUGGCGUGUUCGUUAGAAGCAGCGGAGAGGGACGCAGCUGUGGUUGAGGGGAAAGGAGCAUCAGAGGCGAGGAGUACGUGCUCGGUCCAUGCGCUAGAAAAGUGCGCGGGGCGUGUCGGACAAGGACGCGGGCGCAGAGUUGGCGGAGCGGGACCGGUAGCACCGACAGUUAGAGGCCGCACGCGGCCGGUCAAUGUCAGGAUGACGGGCUCAGCCGGGUCGGUGAACGCAGGCUGCGCAGCAUGCGGGGCGGCGAAUCACGAUUUUGACAGGUGCCGCUAUCGGAACUUUGUGUGCAGCAAAUGUCAAAAUGUGGGUCACUUGCGGCGGGUGUGUCCUGAGUGGAAAGGUCGAAGGUCGCAGGAAAACAAUGACGGUCAAGAAAAAGCGAUUAGGCGCGGAUUUCAUUUCGGAGAUCUCGACUACGGGACCAGUGAUGAAGAAGGGGUUAUCGAAGAUCUAAAUCUCUUGGCAUUAAAUAAUUAUAAGGCGGUGAGUUUACCCAUUCUUAUAGAUAACAUUCCAAUUGUAAUGGAGAUAGACACUGGCACAGCCAUUUCGUGUAUAAAUAAAAAUGUAUAUGAUUUGUAUUUUGACCAUUUGCCUAUUAAAAAUGAUAAUACUAUCCUAAAAUUUUAUGAUGGCUCGAAAAUAAAGCCCUUGGGUAUAAUUAAACCGUCAGUGUGUUAUGAUGCCAUAGAAAAACAAUUAGAAUUAUUUGUCAUUGAGAAUGGUACCACAUCUUUGAUUGGGAGACAGUGGUUGGCAGAAUUACAAAUAGAUAUUCCAAAGUUUCAGUGUAAUUUUAUCAGGAAGGAUGACAAACAAAUUGAUAUUGUGUUGUGUAAAUUACUUGACAGGUAUAAAGAACUGUUCAGUGGAGGGCUGGGACGGUACAGGGGGGGCAAGGCAACACUGCGGGUGCGUGAGGGCGCGGAACCCGUAUUUCACCGAGCACGGCCCCUGCCGUAUGCACUCCGUGAGCGCGUCGACGCUGAGCUCGAUGCGAUGCUGCGCGCCGGCGUCAUCGAGCCGGUGGACUGCUCGGACUGGGCUUCUCCACUGGUGCCUGUUAAUAAGGCUGACGGUACGUUACGUAUUUGUGCGGACUACAAGUCUACUUUAAACCCCGUUUUGCUGGUCGAUCGUUACCCACUUCCUAGAAUUGAUGAUGUUUUGGUAGGGUUAAAUGGAGCUCAAUAUUUAAGCAAAAUAGAUUUAUCUAAUGCUUACAAUCAGAUUGUGUUGGAUGAUUCCAAAAAGUUUACUGUCAUUAACACACACCGAGGGUUAUUUCGAUACAAUAGGUUAGUAUUUGGCUUAGCAUCUAGCGUAGGAAUUUUCCAACGCAUUAUGACAAAUUUAUUACAGGGCAUUCCGCAUGUGCAAGCGUUUCUUGAUGACAUCAUCAUAGGAGGUCAGACUAGAACGGAGCAUUUACAGGCCCUUGAGGCUGUUUUGAAGCGUUUAGCUGACAACGGAUUAAAGUUAAGGAAGGAUAAAUGUGUUUUCUUGGUAGACAAUGUUAAAUAUUUGGGGUAUGUGAUAUCAAAAGAUGGAAUUAAAGCGGAUACUUCUAAGAUUGAUGCUAUUCUUAAGAUUGAAGCUCCUACCAAUGUAACAGAAUUACGUUCGUUCCUAGGUAUGAUUAACUUUUACGCAAGAUUUACUAGAAAUCUUAGUUCCUUACUAGCUCCUUUGCAUAGUUUACUGCGGAAGGAGAUUCCAUGGAAAUGGGACAGUGAGUGCGAGCGCGCAUUCGGAGAAGUCAAAAGAGCGUUAGUCAGUAGCGAGGUGUUAGCUCACUACGAUCCUAGGAAACCGGUUAUCGUGACGUGUGAUGCGAGCGCGCGGGGUAUUGGAGGGGUAUUGGCGCAGCGCGGGGUGCGGGGCGAGCGUCCAGUGGCGUAUGCGUCGCGUGCCCUCACUGCUGCGGAGAAAAAUUAUUCUCAAAUACACCGCGAAGCUUUAGCUAUUAUUUUCUGUGUAAAGAAAUUCCAUCAAUAUUUAUACGGACGAAAAUUUACAUUACGCACUGACCAUAAACCGUUGGUUUCUAUCUUUGGCCCUAAUGCCGGGAUACCGACUAUGACCGCGAGUAGGAUGCAGAGGUGGGCCGUCAUUUUGUCUGCUUAUGACUACGAUAUAGAAUACAUUAAAACUAACGAAAACUGUGCGGACGGCCUAUCGCGGUUGCCGAUCAAUACUACUAAACAAGAAAGUGACGGUGACGGGGUGGAACACGUAUUUACAGCCCCUUAUCAUCCCGCGUCAAAUGGGGCGGCGGAGAACGCAGUCAGGACCCUAAAGAAGGUUAUUAAAAAGGCUAUAGCUGAGAACAAAAAUAUAGAAUUGACCUUGAAUAAUUUCUUACUACAUUACCGUAAUACCGAACAUUGUUCUACGGGAGAAAGUCCGGCGAUAUUACUGAUGGGCAGACGUUUAAGGACUAGGUUAGACGCGUUGAAACCAGAUAGGGAAGGCAAGGUUCGUGAGUCGCAGCAGCGGCAGGUUAGAGGUAAAGGUGGGGAGAGUAGAGAAGUAGGAGUAGGUGACGAUGUUUGGUACCGUCAGUAUCUAAAGGCAGAAAAAUGGCAACCAGGAUCUGUGAUUAAGUCAACAGGAACUAAUGAUUAUAAAAUUCUUGACGAUAAGGGUAACGUUCACCAUAGACAUCUCGACCAGCUAAAGCGUAGAACGAGGAGUUCGCUUGUAGUCCCCACAGGUACGAGACCGUCUUCCGUGGACCCUCAGACUUUGGAGCCUGAUAUCCAGGCGGAGAUCCCAUCUGAGCGGACCGUAGUUCGAGGCGAGCAGCUGGGUGAGCCCGGGGGUAAGAUAGGUACCAAUACAGAGUCCGUUGAGGAUUUAGGCAUGCCAAACAGUGAGGACUUUACCACGCCUCCUACCACCCCAGUACCGACCCAGCCACGUCCCGUUCGGAGUUGUCGAGUGGGUAAAACCAUAAACUAUAAGUAUUCUUAA